AUGGAUGGCCGCGACUUCGCGCCGCCGCCUCAUCUGCUUUCAGAGCGCGGGAGCCUGGGCCACCGCAGCGCCGCCGCCGCCGCGCGUCUCGCCCCGGCCGGGCCCGCCACUCAGCCCCCCGCGCAUUUCCAGCCCGGGAAGUACUUCCCAUCGCCGCUGCCCAUGGCUUCACACACAGCCAGCAGCCGUCUGAUGGGGAAUUCUCCGGCCUCCUCUUUCAUGGGCAGCUUCCUCACCAGCAGCCUGGGCUCUGCAGCUGCCACGCACCCUGGCGGCGCCCCCUCCGCCCCCUCGGAGCAGGCCUACCGAGGCUCCCACCCCGCCCCGGCCCAGGUCUGGUUCUCUCACUCCCAUGAGGCUCCAGCAUACCCCAGGUUUUCGGGGAGUCUGGCAUCCACCUUCCUACCCGUGAGCCACUUGGAUCACCAUGGAAACAGCAAUGUUCUCUACGGGCAGCAUCGUUUCUAUGGAACCCAAAAAGAUAACUUCUACCUGCGCAACUUGCCCCCCCAGCCCACGCUCCUGCCCUCCAACCACAGCUUCCCCGUGGCCCGCGCUGCUCCUGCCCUCCCCUGUAGCCGAGAGCGGGGCGAGGCCGGCCCCCAGUCGAAGGGCCCCAGGGAGUUUGACCGCUUCCUCACGUCGAAAGAGCUGGGCAAAGAGAAGGCCAGCAAGGCAGUGGAGGGCAGGGAGCGGCCAGUGGAGGAGGAUGGCGGCAAAGAGCGGCACAAGCUGGUGCCACCCAUGCCGGUGGACGGGCCCUGCAAGGAGGGCGGCCCUGUGCCCCGGGGUUCCUGUGAGGGCCGCCCCAAGCACCUCACCUCCUGCCUCCUCAACACCAAGGUGCUCAAUGGUGACAUGGGCAAGGCCGCGCUAGCCAGCUGUGCUGGGGGCAUGCUAGGCCGGCCUAGUGCAGGGGUCACAGCUUCCGGACGUGCCAAGGAGGUGGUGGGCCCCCCGGAGCCCGGGCCGGCCUUCAGCGAGUGCCUGGAGCGGCGACAGAUGCUACACCACGCGGUGUCCUACACGGUGCCCUCCGGCCUACCUACCGGGCCCCCCCCACCCCUCAGCACAGCUGCUGGGUCCUUCCCCUGCCUGCAGCUGCACACGGGCCCCGAUGGGCUCUGCCCGCUGCAGGACAAAGUCUCCCGGGACCUAAAGGCCAGCGGGCCCACCUUCGUGCCUUCUGUGGGACACCUGGCCGACAAGAGCCGCCCCUUCCAGGCGGCCGAGGCCUGUGCUGUGGCAGGUGAGGGCAAGGACCGGCACCUGGAUGGGGCCAUGGUCCCCGACCACACUGCGCCCUACGGAGUUUCCUACACUCACCUGAAGGCCGAGGGCAAGGGCGAGCGGCGGCCUGGGGGCUUCGAGGCGGCCCUCAAUCCCCGGCUAAAGGGCCUGGAGUACCUCAGCACCCGCCCCGAGGCCUCCUUCCCUGGACUCCCCAAGGGUGGUCUGGACAAAAGCGGCUACUUUGAGUUGCCCGCCCCUUCGCAGGACUGUGCCCGGCCCAGUAAUCAGGACCUGUUGGGUGGGAAGGCCGCCCAGGCCUGCUGCACUUUAGACAAAGCUGCCAGCAAGGAGGCCCCCGCAGCACCCCCGGGGGCCCAGAAGGUGGCCCGGAUCCGGCAUCAGCAGCACUUGGCCACCCCUGAGGUGGAGCAGGGAGGCAGCGGGGCUGAGGUCAAGCGCAAGUCCCUGGAACUGGCAUCUCUGGGCUACAGCGGUCCCCACCUGCCCCCGUGGAGUGUCCAGGCUGGUCAGGGCACCACCAUGCCCAUCGGUGAAGAGCGCAAGGGCGGUGCCUACCUGGACCCCUUCGGCAGUGGCCUGCAGCAGGCGGCUCUCCUGUCCCAGGAGCUGCCUGCCCCGCCCGACGAGGUCUCAGCCAUGAAGAACCUGCUCAAGUACAGCAGCCACGCGCUGGCUGUGGGCCAGAAGGCACCCUUCGUGGGUCUGGGCGGCCUCAAAGCCAGCUGUGUCCAGCAGGAGACAAAGUUCCCCGCCUCCAAGGGCCCAGGCACAGUGGAGAGGCCCGACUGUGCCCGGAGCCGGGAACACGAGGCCGCACAGGCAGACGGGGAGGUGCGGCAGCCGCCUGUGGGCAUUGCAGUGGCCUUGGCCCGACAGAAGGACACAGUGAGUCGGCCGGAGACCACCUACAACACCAACAGCGGGCGGCAGGGCCGGGCCGCCCCCACCUUCAAAGCUGGUGGGGGCCCCCGUGCCACACACGCCCUGGACCUGGAGGGUGAGGAGGAGAGGACGCGACUGUGUGAUGACCGCCUGGGGCUGGCUGGCCGCGAGCUGCUGCUACAGGACAACAAAGACCUCGUGGAAUUUGCCCGGAUUCACCCCUCAAGCGGCUGCCCUGGAGAACUGGCCCCCCACCUUGUGAUGCAGGGUGGCCAGCUGGGUGGGGACCCAGCCCCCCAUCCCCACCCCGCCCACCCCCCCUGGCUGCCCCGCACCCGCAGCCCCUCUUUAUGGAUGGGGGGACAUUCCUAUGGCCUCGGGCACCCUGCCCUGCACCAGAACCUGCCCCCUGGCUUCCCCACCUCUGUGCCCGGCUCGGUGCCCUCCGUGUUCCCCCUCCCCCAGGAUGCCCCCACACAGCUCCUCAUCCUGCCCUCGGAGCCCACGCCCCACGCCACCCCUCACGCGCUUGCUGAAGUCAUGGACCAGGCCUCACUGUGGCCCCCCAUGUACGGGAGCCGGGGCCCCACCUCCCACAUGCAGCACCCGGGCCAGCUCUCCGUGUAUUCCCGCUCUCAGCUGCUGCGGCAGCAGGAGAUUUACGCCCUGCAGCAGCAGCAGCAGCAGCAGCAGCAGCAGCAACAGCAACAGCAGCAGCAGCAACAUCAUCAGCAGCGGGCUGCCCAGGCCCUGGAGCUGCAGCGGGCUGCCCAUUUCCAGCGGAAGCCUGAGGACCACCACCUGGAGCUAGAAGAGCCCACCCAGGAGAAGGCCCUGAAGUCCACCCACAAGCCAGUUGCCUUAACCCCCAUGGCCAAGAGCGGUCCCUCACCUGCCGCCGCAGGCCCGGUCAAGCUGCCGCCCUGCUGCCACUCACCCACCCUGAAGCCCCCUACCAGUUGUCCCACACCACCACCUUGCCCCAGCGCCCCCUGCACUUUAUCCGUCUGCCCUGCCCGCAGCCCAGGGCCCAGCUCCAAGGUGCCCAGCGCCGAAGACAAGAGUGGGGAGGGCCGGCGGGCCGGAGCCAGCCUCACCACAUUGGAACCAGACCUGCCUCCAGGAUACCUGCGCCCCACGCCUGGCAUGGGCUUCUCUGCCUCCCUGCCCUCAGGAGGGCACUCAUCUGACCUCCCGGACCCCAAAACUAUGCAAACUGCCGCCCCAGGGGCUGAGCCUGAGCCUGUGAGGACGUUCCUGCCCAGGGAGCCACCCCCCUGCAGCCCCAGGAGCCUGGAGGAGUCUGGGCUGCUCUCAGGGGCCAGGGAGGCCACCCAGGACCUUGCCGCCACACCCCACCCCGCUGAGCGGGGACCCCCAGGGAAGGCAGAGGACCCCAGCCCACUUGAAGGGCUGCAAGAACUGCAAUUUGGGGCCCUCCUCGAGGGAGGGGCCCCUGAGGCCACCGGCCAGGCUAAUUCUACUCAGGGAAGGGCGCAAGAAGAGAGGACCAGAGAGGAGGGGGUGCAGGGACCCCCACUAGGGGCCUCCCCUCAAGCCCUGCAGCAGCAAGCAGGGAGCCCUGGUGCCCUGGAGGAGGACGAGGAGGGCCUGGGGCUUGCCCCGGAAGAGGCCCAGCUGCAGGAGGGAGGUGUGGAGGACUCCGAGGAGGACUGGGGGGCUCCCAGCAGCAGCCACCCACCCAGAGCACUGCUGGGGCUAGAUGCCUUGGUGGCCGCCACUGUGGACCUGGGGGACCUGCCCAGCCUGAGCCUGCUGGACCCUCUCCCCCCCGCGACCUCUGGGCCCCCCAGCACAGCCACCCUGCCCCGUAGCUCAGGGAUUCACGGAAUCGCCCUGCUCAGCGAGCUGGCAGACCUGGAGACCCAGCGACAGAGGAGCCAGCGGGCCACGCAAGAGGAGGAUGAGGACGUGCUAGCCUUCAACCUGCACCACCUGGCCACACUGGCUACCGCCUGGUCCCUGGCAGAAGCCGCCAGCCCAGACAGCUCCUCCUCCGCCCAGCCCCCUGCUGCGGACCCUGGUGGCCCCAGGCUCACCCCCCGCAUGCAGAUCCUACAGCGCAAGGACACCUGGACCCCCAAGACCAAGCCUGUCUGCCCCUUGAAGGCUGCCAUCGACCAGCUGGACACACAGGAGGUGGAGAUGCGCAUGCAGCUGGCAGAGCUGCAACGGCGCUACAAGGAGAAGCAGCGAGAGCUGGCGCGCCUGCAGCGACGGCAUGACCAUGAGAGAGAGGAGAGCUCUCGGAGCCCUGCGCGGCGGGGGCCUGGCCGCCCCAGAAAGCGCAGACACUCCAGCUCGCUGUCUGCCCUGCGUCCUGGGGGCCAGCUGGCCAGGAGCGAGGGCAAGAAGGCCAAGGCAGUGAGGGCCAGCCUAAGCCUACUGUGUGCAGAGCUUCGAGGCCGCGAGGAGCCCAGGAAGAAGCGGAGCAAGCUGGAGGACAGCGUCUAUGUGGGCCUGCAGCCGUCCUCCGGGGAGAAGGUGCGGUGCAAGAAGAGCAACACUCAGGGUGAGCUGGGGUCCUCUGUGGCCCACCAGGUGGCCCAGCUGAAGCCGAAGGUCAAGAGCAAGGGUCUGCCCAGUGGCCUCAGCCCCUUCCAGAGAAAGGAGGCUGCCCCAGGUGGGCGCAUCCGGAAGAAGCUGUCCCGAGCCAAGAGUGCCAAGGUGUCCAGGGCAGCCCGGCACUCACAGCCUGACGGUGACGGCGGCAGGGAGAUGCCAGCGGGGGCCACGGCACACGAAGCAGGCACCGGCUAUGACAGUGAGGACUGCCAGGCCCUCCUGGAGACGGCGGCGGCCCCCACGGAGCCCGGGCUGCUGCUGCACUCGGGGUCUGGGGCAGCGGUGCUGGGGCCCUCGCCCUCCUCUGUGGUCAAGAUGGAAGCCAACCAGAAGGCCAAGAAGAAGAAGGAGCGGCAGGGCUUGCCAGGGGCCUGCCGCCUGUCCAGCCCCGAGGGCGAAGUCAAGAUCAAGCGGCGGACGGUGAAGGCCAAGGUGGGCUCCAAAAUGGAGCGGGCCCCAGGCCGGCGACCCCCAGGUGCACCGGGCAAGAGGAAGUCCAAGGGUAAGGCCGACAACGGACUUCGGGCAGAGCCAGGUGCCACUGCCACCAGGGACACCCUCUUCAGUCCCGCCCGGGCCUUCACCUGCCGCGAGGAAGGCAGCAAGCUGGCCAGCGAGCGUCUGCAGAGAGCCACACGCAAGAGCACACUGUUGCAGCCCGUGCUGCGGAGGAAGAACGGGGCCCUGUCCAUCGCCCUGUCUGCCCGCAACGCCAAGGCCAUCCUAGGAAAGGGCAGGAAGCUGGGCAAGGUGAAGAGCAAGGCUGUCAGCACCCAGGCUCAGGGCCGAGCGGUGAGCCGGCUGCUGGACACCUUCGCUGCGGAACACGACUUCGAGUUCGCUCGAGACAGCAGCUUCUCGGAGGAGGAGGAGGAGGAGGCCAGCAGCCCCCUGAGUGUGGAGCAGAGCACUGCCCUGGCUCGAUCCUGCACCAUCCACAAGGAGGACCUGCAAGACGGGCUGCCGGUGCUCAUCCCCAAGGAGGACAGCCUGCUGUACGCGGGCAGCGUCAGGACCCUGCAGCCCCCCGACAUCUACAGCAUCGUCAUCGAGGGCGAGAGAGGCAAUCGGCAGCGGAUCUACUCGCUGGAACAACUACUGCAGGAGGCGGUUCUGGACGUCAGGCCACAAUCCAGCCGGUACCUCCCGCCUGGCACACGGGUAUGUGCCUACUGGAGCCAGAAGUCUCGCUGCCUGUACCCAGGCAACGUGGUCCGAGGCGCCUCCAGCGACGAGGAGGAAGACCUGGACUCCGUGGUUGUGGAGUUUGACGAUGGGGACACAGGCCACAUUGCUGUCUCUAACAUCAGGUUGCUGCCUCCGGACUUCAAGAUCCAGUGCACAGAGCCCUCUCCAGCCUUGCUGGUGUCCAGCAGCUGCCGGAGGACCAAGAAGGCAGCCAACGAGGCCCCCCCAUCCAGUGAGGCCCCCACCCCCAGCCUCUCCCCUAAAGCACAGGAUGGCCCUGAAGCCACAAAGACCCCUGGGAAGAAAUCCAUCGUCAAAGACAAAGCUGGCAAAGCAGACCUCCUAACCUCAGGUGCCAAGCCCCCCACGGGGGCCUCGGACCACUUCCUAGGCCACAGGGGCAGCCCCCUGCUGAGCUGGUCAGCGGUGGCGCAGACCAAGCGCAAGGCGGCAGCGGCGGCGGGCAGCAAAGGGCCAGGGGUGCUGCAGAACCUCUUCCAGCUCCACAGCGCCAAGAAGCUGCGGGCCCGCGAGGCCCUGUUCCCCGCACACACCGCGGCCACCCCUGUGUUCGGCAACGGCUUCCGCGCCGACUCCUUCAGCAGCCUGGCCAGCUCCUAUGCCCCCUUUGUCGGCGGGUCUGGGUCAGGCCUGCCCGGGGGAGCCCACAAGUUGCUACGGGCCAAGAAGUCUGAGCGGGCGGAGGCUGAGAAGGGCGGGCGGCGGCGGGCAGGCAGCGAGUUCCUGGUCAAGCUGGACCACGAAGGCGUGACCUCCCCCAAGAACAAGAACUGCAAGGCGCUGCUCGUGGGUGACAAGGACUUCGGCCCCAAGCUGGGGCGGCCCCUGCCCAGCCCCAGCUACACACACCCGGCCCUCAUGGGCAAGGACAAGAAGGGGCGGGCACCUGCCCACCCGCUGCCCAUGGGGCUGGCUCUGCGCAAGUACGCAGGGCCAGCCGAGUACCCACUGCCCUGCGACAGCGACUGCCCCAGCUCCUACUCGGACGAGGACGAGGAUGGGCCGGGGCUGGCCGCCGGCAUGCCCUCCCGCUUCCUCACCCGCCUGUCCAUGUCCUCCUCCUCGUCCGGCUCGUCCACAUCCUCCUCCUCAGGCUCCAUGUCCACCUCCAGCCUCUGCUCCUCAGACAACGAGGACUCCUCCUACAGCUCCGACGGGGAGGACCCGGCCCUGCUGCUGCAGACCUGUCUCACCCACCCCGUGCCCGCCCUCCUGGCCCAGCCCGAGGCCCUGCGCUCCAAGGGGGGCAGCCCCCAUGCCCACGCACAGCGCUGCUUCCUGUCCAGGGCCACGGUGGCCAGUGCAGGUGCGGGCACCGGCCCCAGUGGUGGCAAAUCCAAGCUUAAGCGCAAGGAGGCCUUGAGCUUCUCCAAAGCCAAAGAGCUUUCCCGGGGGCAGCGGCUGCCCUCCGUGGAGAACCGGCCAAAGAUCUCAGCCUUCCUGCCUGCCCGGCAGCUCUGGAAGUGGUCGGGGAACCCCACACAGAGACGUGGCAUGAAGGGAAAGGCCCGGAAGCUGUUCUACAAGGCCAUCGUCCGGGGCAAGGAGGUGCUGCGCAUUGGGGACUGUGCCGUCUUCCUGUCGGCCGGGAGGCCCAACCUGCCCUACAUCGGCCGCAUCGAGAGCAUGUGGGAAUCUUGGGGCAGCAACAUGGUGGUGAAGGUCAAGUGGUUCUACCACCCCGAGGAGACCAAGCUGGGGAAGCGGCAGAGUGAUGGGAAGAACGCGCUGUACCAGUCGAGCCACGAGGACGAGAACGACGUGCAGACCAUCUCCCACAAGUGCCAGGUGGUGGCCCGGGAGCAGUACGAGCAGAUGGCCCGGAGCCGCAAGUGCCAGGACCGGCAGGACCUCUACUACCUGGCGGGCACCUACGACCCCACCACCGGGCGCCUGGUGACGGCGGAGGGCGUGCCCAUCCUGUGCUGAGCUGCCCGCCCGGCCAAGCCAGGAGCCCCGAGGUCGGGCUGAGCCAAUAUGCAAACCCACCCAAGGCUUUUCCGUGAUUUUCCCUGGAAAGAGCGCUCUUAGGCGUGGACCCCAGUCCCGUCCAUCUGCUGUGGAGGGUCAGGCUGGCCCCAGGCCCCCGGCCACUCUGCUUUCCCGCAUCGGCAGUUCUCGAGAUUCGUAUCCAAGCCAUAUUUCCUAUACCUCCGACUGUCCCACCAGGGAAAGCAGAAAUCAGGUGUGUCGUCUAUUUAUUUCUCUAUGUAAAUAUUGUAUUUCUGCGGGGAAGUUUUAUGGAAAAAAGUGGAAAAGGAUUUUCCCCCCACUGGCGUGACGAGGGUGUGUCUGUGUGUGCGUGUGUCUGUGUCUGUGUGUGUGUCCACGCGAGCGUGUGCAGGGAUUUUGUUCUGGAGUUUUCUAUGGAAAUGCGCUGUUCUCCUCAGCCUAGCUGAGUCCCUGAGGGGGCGCUCGUGUCAACAGAGGUAGCUCGUGUCAACUGGGGGCAGAGACCCCGGGACAGGUCGGGCGGGACCUGUUGCACCCUGUGAUCUCUUAAGGGCCGACGGUAGACAGAAGUCACACUGGAGUUCAUUUCCUUUGGAUACAUCUCUUAGGUAAAGGAAGAAUCGGGGUUGGGGGUGGCAAUGAGGGUCCCCCUGGAAAGAAAGGAUUCCGGGCAAGGAGACGAAAGCAGGCUCCGUAGCCCCCCACCCAGGAGGGCAGCGGCCAGGCGUACCUUACCUCUGCUUAAAACAAAACAAAGGCGAACAAGUGUUUUAAGAUACGAAAAGAAAAGGCGAUGUCUUUAUUUUAUGCCCUAAAUAUUCCCCGUCGUUUCUGAUUUCCGUUCACAUGGCCAGUUUGUCACAGGGAGCAGGGCUUGGUCAGCCCUGACCCCCUUCUCACCACCGGGGGGUGGGGUGUGAAAGACACCCCUUCCCCUCCAGGCGCCUCCCCUGGUGCCCACAACCACUGGCCAACCUCACUGGCCUGCUCAGGCACAGCUGGUGGAGAGUCCUGUGGAGGCACUGGGGUGGGGAGAAGGACCCUCCCCCUUCUCCUCUCUUCCCGGCUUCUGGCCCUCAGCCCCCUGCCCGUCCCGCCCCGUGGGGUUUCUGGGUCUUUCUGUGGCCACUUGGCAGGACAGAUUUCCUGCUCUGGCAGGAUCAUGCCUGGGGCACGGAACAAGCAUCUCCUGUGCCCACCCCCUGGCCACCACCCCUGCCAGAGGCCCUUGUCCUCAGAACUGUGUUGGGGGACACAUGCUCCCCAGGUCCUGUCACCAAUUCCUCAUCCCACUGGGAGCUGCAGGAAGGCUCCCAGAAGGAAGGGUGUGGGUGGACACCCGCAUCCCAGUCAGGCCCUCUCCGCCCCUUCCUUCGCUCGGGCCCAACACCGAGUCUCGUUUCCUCAGCUGCUGCCUGUCCCCCACCCCAUGCUCUUGGUGGCUCCACAGGGCACUCAAGAACAGGGAGGGGGCUGUUGUACAGGGCCCCGGCACCCAGCUUUCCCGCCCCCCCCC